GCUUAUAAAGUACUUUUUGCAAUUUCACAAUAAUUCGCGUCUAAUAUACAUGAAUGGAAUAAAUUCUAAAUAAAGUGAUAAGUGAUAAAUGUAAUUAAUUAUCUAAAGCUGCAUUACGUAUAAAUUGUUAAAUUAUUGUCUUUAUAGUAUGACUUGUUUAUUAUCACAAAAUAAAUUUGAAUGCUGGGUUAGUUCAGUAUUAAAUAAAAAUAACCGACUAUAUGGAAAGAAGCACAUGUUUGAUAAUUGUUCUGAAACAUGUUGGAAUUCCGAUGCGGGAACUCCACAAUGGGUAGUUAUUGAUUUUGAACAAGAGUGCAGUCUAAGUUCAUUUGAAAUUGAAUUUCAGGGUGGAUUUGUUGGCAAAGAUUGUCAUAUAGAAGCUGGUAAUAAAGAAAUUCAAUUACUUGAAUCAUUUUAUCCAGAAGAUAAAAAUAUAGUACAAAGGUUUACUUUAAAACAACCAAAGAAAGCAAAAAUCUUUAAAUUUGUAUUUAAUGAAAGUACAGAUUUCUUUGGUAGGAUAAUAAUAUACAAAUUAUCUUUGUAUUCAUAAAUUUUGGAUAAUGUAUUUGUUAUGUUUGAAUAAAUUAAAUAACAAUUAAAUAUUCCAUGUUUGCAUUUUAUAUAAUAAAUAUAACCCAUUUAAAAAAAAUGCCCUAUAGAGUGAUUUAUAUUUUUAUAUUUACUAUAGAUACUUACUAUCAUAUUUAUUUACCAUUAUUAUAUAAGCCAUUUUUAUA